UUCUGUAUACUUGUUUAUCAUUCCGUUGAUAGACUUCAUAGUGAUGAGUUUCUCUGGUAAAGUGGUGCUAGUGACGGGCGCGAGCUCGGGCAUUGGAGCAGCCACCGCCAUCUUAUUCUCUAAAGAAGGAGCCAGCGUCGCGAUUGUCGGCAGGAAUGAAACUAAACUCGGCAACGUAGCGCAGAAGUGCGCGCAACUGGGAGCACAGCCCCUCGUCAUCAGAGCAGACGUCGCCAAUGAAAUAGAAGCCAGCACGAUUAUCAAGAAAACGGUAGAACACUUCGGGAAGCUUGACGUUUUAGUUAACAACGCAGGCAUCGCAAGGAAAGCUACGGUUGCCGAAUCAAAUACUUUGCAAAUAUACGAUGAAGUUAUGAAUACAAAUAUGCGCUCCAUCGUUCAGCUGACGAGCCUGGCUGUGCCGUAUCUAGUAGCGACCAAGGGGAACAUAGUAAACGUGUCGAGUGUAGCAUCAACGAAAGUUCUUGGUGAAGGUUUUAUGGCGUACUGCGUGUCAAAGGCAGGUCUGGAUCACUUCACUCGCUGCGCCGCCUUAGACCUGGCGGAUUCUGGCGUGAGAGUGAACAGCGUGAACCCUGGUCCGGUGAGGACGGACAUUGCUGAGAGUUCUGGGAUGGCGCCGCCUGGGGCUGGAGAUACGGCAUGGGAGCAUGCGAAGACAAUGACGCUUUUGAACAGAGUGGGGGAGCCCGAGGAAAUCGCUGAUGUGAUCGCGUUCCUGGCCAGCGAUAGAGCGAGGAGCAUCACCGGGUCUACCUACGUCUCUGAUAAUGGGCAACUGUUGAAGUGAAGAAAUGAUGUAAAAUGUGAGGAACUCAAGUGAUAUUAUGUU